CUUGCAAAACUUAUCAAAUGUGUUCACUUGGAUGUGGUCAAAUCCUCAAUGGGUACUCUACAAGGAUGUGCAUCCGAACAUAGCUAUCAGCUCGCUAUAAGAACUGAAGGAAUGGUUCCAGAUAUUGUCAAAUACCUUUCUUCAGAUGACAGAGAAUUGCAGAUGCAUUGCGCUAGCUGUCUUUUUAAAUGUUCCGAAGAUAAGGAAACACGUAUAUUGAUUAGAAGAGCUGGAGGUUUGGAACCAUUAGUGGCAAUAAUAAAAGAUCGAAAAUUGCGAGAUGAUAAACCAUUGAUAGCUGCGGCGUCCGGAGCAAUAUGGAAAUGCGCUGCCAAUGACGACAACAUAAAUAAGCUGGAUCAGCUCGGGACAGUUUCGGCACUAACUGCUUUAUUAACUGAAGAAAACGAAGACGUAUUAACAAAUGUUACAGGCGCCUUAUCAGAAAUGUUACGAUUUAAACACAACGUAGAUAACUUGAGACAAGAAAGAGGAAUACCUCAUUUAGUGAACCUAUUGAAGAGUAUACAUAACCCAUUACUUGAGAAUGUUCCACUUGCAUUAGCCCAGUGUGCCAAAGAACCGGAUGCCAUGGCCAUCAUUGAAGAAAUGGAUGGCGUUCGAUUAAUAUGGUCAAUUUUGAAAAAUGUCGAUGUGAAAGUAAAAGCAAACGCCGCUUGGGCUUUAAGACCGUGCAUAGAAAACGCUACGGAUUCAGGCGAAAUGGUAAGAAGCUUCGUAGGCGCUCUAGAACUGGCCGUAUCGCUUCUAGAUUCAAAAGACACUCGAGUACUCGCCGGUAUUUGCGCUGCUAUCGCCAUCAUCGCGACGGACGUUGAAAAUUUGGCCGUUAUGACUGAUCACGGAGUUGUAGGAAAAUUGGCAAGAUUAGUUGGAACCACUGAUGAAGGGUUACGAGAGUAUUUAGCAGACGCUAUUGCUAACUGCUGUGGUUGGAGCAAUAAUCGAAUUUUAUUCGGUAAGUUGGGCGCGAUUACACCAUUGGUAGCCUAUAUGGCUGCAGCGGACCAGCCUAGAGUUCAUAAAACUACAGCUCUUGCUUUGUGUCGCCUGAGUGAGGACCCUUUCAACUGCAUCACCAUGCAUCAGAGUGGUGUGGUUCCAUUUCUAUUGGAAACGGUCAGUUCUGAAGACACAGCUUUGCAAGACGCGUCUGCAGGUUGCUUAUGCAAUAUAAGACGCCUGGCCUUGGCCGCCGAGAAAUUCAAAUUAAGACUUUAAUGCUAUUAAAAGUUACAAGCAUUAUCUUUCAGUAUUUUUUGUACAAGAUUUCUAAUUAUUGCAUUUUACAGUACGUUC